AUGAUGGCUGCUCUGGGGCUUGGGAAAGGAAGCCGGAGAGUCAGCCACCCCCGUUUCUCCCGUUCCAGGAGCGAGCACGGGGAAGCGCAUGCGCCUCCGGGCCGCUGCCGCGUAGUCCCCGCUUGCCGCCCCCCCCGCCCGCCCGCCCGCCUUUCCAUGGGAGCCCAUGACGUCAGGCGGCCGAAGGCGGCGCGAGCUCCAUCAGGCGGCGGAGGCUCCGGGUGCGCCAGGCGGGCGGGCGGGCAGCGGGCAGCGGGCAGGGCGGCUUUUCCUGCGUCCGGCGGCGGCGGCAGUAGGCGCUGGAGCAGCUCGUGCAUAAAGCGCAAGCGGGGCGCCCCCGGGCUUCAGUGUGUGCAUCCUCCCUCCCGCACCAGCCAGGAGGGGCUCGGAAGCGGGGAAGGAGCCGCCGCUCUCCGUUUGCCUCUGGAUCCAGAAGGACCCCUCUUUUCCCCUCCUUUCUUCUCGCCCUCCCCGCUCCUUCCUGCCUCUUUCCCUCCAUGCAUCAUUCCUGGGAGCCUCCGAUGGUCGGUGCCAUUACCUUGCCUCGCAUCUAGUGCACCGGGGGCGGUGGGUUGCCGAUUGCCCCCCCCCCUCCUCCUCCUUUUUCCUGCAUGCAACCUUCCUUUCUUGCCAAGGAGGGCUGAACCCCCUCCUCUCUCCCCUCCCCAGCCUUUGCCGCUGCUGGGCUCUCUCAUCUCCUGGGCUGGGAGGGAGAGAGGAGGAGGGAGAGGGGCUUUUCCUUGCGACCCCCCCCUUCCUUCGGUGGAUGUGGAAAGAAUUGAAGACCCCUGGAAAGGCAGGGUGAAGGAGGAGACCCAAGAAGAAAAGAAAGCGGUUAUAGCUGCGAGUCUUCUGUGGACUGUCUAG